AUGAGGCAAAAUGAGUCGAAAGAGCUGUUAAAAAAACAAAAUGAGAGGUUGACAAUGCAAUUAGUAAAGCAGAAUGAAGAAAUAAAAACUAACAAUGAAAAAUUUAAAACAGAGAAUGAAGGAUUGAAAACAAAUAAUGAAGAAUUGAAAACAGAGAAUGAAGAAUUGAAAACAGAAAAUGAAGAAUUGAAAACAGAGAAUGAAGAAUUGAGAGCAGAGAAUGAAGAAUUGAAAACAAAGAAUGAAGAAUUGAAAACUAAGAACAAAGAAUUGAAAACAGAAAAUGAAGAACUGAAACCAGAGAAUGAAGGAUUAAAAACAGUGAACAAAGAAUUGAAGAAAAAAUCGAAAACGCAAAAUCAAGGAUUGAAAACACAAAAUGAAAAAUUGCAAAUAAAAAAUGAAAAAUCGAAGAAAAAUGAAAAAUUAAAUAAUCAGAAAAAGCCGAAAGAUAGACAAUUGAAGGAUAUAAAAAUUCAUAAGCCAGCAUAUUGCUAUAUUGACACUAAUAGGAACAAAAUUCCUCAAAUUUUCUCUUCUCUUAUAUUUAUUUGA